AUAAUAGUAUGCUACUUCUUUACCAUCCGAAUUUUCUUAUUUCCACGAAAAAAAAACUAAGUUUCCAAAAGCUGCAGUCAAGCGAAUGUAUGGCAAUGAGGGUGUACAAUUUUCAAGAAUUAUAUAUUUAUAUUUAGUGCAAGCUAUCGAAAAAGAAUUAGAACUUCGCGUUGCCAACCAUUGGUUCACCUGGUGCGAUAGUACAGGUCAUUGGACAAUCGAUGACAAAGUGGCUCGGCCGUCGGCCAAUCGAAAUCGUGAGGUGCAAAUUAUCCGAUAAAUUUCACUGAUAUUCGUGGCUUGUAUUGUAGCUUCGUAAUUGCAGCUUCGUUUCAGCUGCAUGCCCACUUUCAGAUCGAAGGCUUCUAUAAACAAGGUGCGACCAUAUCGUCGUCCACUCCCGUGGCCCUGUUCCCAAAACGCCCCGCAAAUUUCGGGAUCUUGCUGGCGUUUCGGGUGUCUAAUUUCGGACCAGUGCACUGUGAUUUCCGAUUUCCAGUGCUCUGGCUCGGAACGUUGGCGAUUGCUAAAGUGCAGGAGGUGGAGAAGCAGUCCAGGUUGUUCUCCGCCAGCGACAUCCAUGGAACUCGCGCUGGAGUUCGGGGCAUCCUUGCAACUGCAAGGCUAAGAGCAUCGCCGAUUCUAGGAGUACUCGCAUUCCAGUGAGGUCGCGUGAGGAAACUGCUCCAGCCAAGAAACUGGGCUUGCAGGAGCAAAGCACCCAGCCCACAAGGGACCACUCACCGACAAUCCUCUCAUGGCCUUGGCCAACGGGGGAGAGGAUAGAAUGGACGACAGCAGCAGCGGACGCACUUCGCUGGCGGACAGCGCCAGCCUGACGAACUCCUCGCUGCGCAGCGGCACCUCCUCGCAGAGCAUCCACACCAACGAUGGCACAAUCCGUGUGUUCAACUUCACCACCAGCGAGUUUGAGCGCUUCCAUCCCAAUAUGCUGUGCGAGGAGAUCUGCAAUACGAUGUGCCGCCAGCUGGGCAUUGCUCCAAUUGCCCAGCUGCUUUACGGGAUACGGGAGCACUCGACAUCGCGACGGCCCUCGCCGCUGGUGCGUUUGGAUCUGACGUGGUGCCUGCCCGGCGAGCGACUCAACUGCCAGCUGGUCUACUGCUUUCGUAUGCGGUUCCGUGUGCCCGAAUUGGAUAGCCAGCUGGAGCUGAUCGAUGGACGGAGCCACAAGUUCCUCUACCGCCAGAUGCGCUACGAUAUGCGCACCGAGCAAAUCCCGGAGAUUCGCUAUCCGGAGCACAAGGACAAGUCAACGGGAUUAGCCGUGAUGGACAUGCUGAUCGACGAUCAGGAACAGUCGGAGGAUCAGCAGGCGAUGCGGUCCAUCGAGAAGCUUUACAAACUGUAUUUGCCACCCAGCCUGUGGCGCGCCCACAGCUUCUUUGUGGGCUCCAAGAUACGCGAGGUUUUCCGCAAUCUGAAGGCGAAUUCGCUGAGUGUGGAGCGUUUGAAGUGGCACUAUGUGCAUCAGGUCUCCCACCUGGCGCCCACCUAUAUGACCGAACAGUUUACCUGCACCGUUCAGUAUCUGCCCAACGAGGAGGUGGCCCGCGGCAGCGGAUCCAUCGGCACCAGUCUGGCCCACUCGACGUCGUCGCUGUCCAGUUCCGGUUCCAGCAACACUCUGUCCACGCUUACCACCAACACAAAUUCCGUUGGACUCGGCGGCAGUGGCAAGAAGGCCAAACGACGUUCCACCAGCGGUGGAAUCGAUGUCUAUGUGCGAGUCUUUCCACACGACUCCCUGGAGCCGGGACUCAAGGUGGCCAGGGUCACCUCCGAGGCCACACUCAAGUGGAUCCUGGUUGGAGCCGUGGAGGGAAUUUUUAUGAUCUCCAAAAUCAACGACACCUCUGUGCGACUGGAAAUCGUUGGCCUGCCCAAGGGCUACGAGAUGCAGUUCCAGACCGAGAAGGAGAUGAAGUCCUUCAUCUCCUACCUGGGCAUCUACAUCAGAUUGUCGAGCAAAUGGAUGCAGGAUCUGUGCCACUCGUACCGCACGCCCUCCCUGGAGGAGCUGAGCUCCCUCCACUGCCAUGGUCCGAUCGGCGGUGCCUAUUCGCUGAUGAAGCUGCACGAGAACGGGGACAAGUGCGGCAGCUAUAUUGUACGCGAAUGCGAUCGAGAAUACAACAUAUACUACAUUGAUAUCAACACCAAAAUCAUGGCCAAGAAAACCGAUCAGGAGCGCUGCAAGACGGAGACAUUCAGGAUCGGGCGCAAGGACUCGCAGUGGAAGCUUAGCUACAACAACGGCGAGCACGUACUGAACUCGCUGCACGAAGUGGCGCACAUCAUCCAAGCGGACAGUCCCGAUCGCUAUCGCAUACCCGCCUCCAAGUACGACAAGCCGCCGCUGCUGCUACUGCUGCUGCCAAAGAACCUAAAGGCCAAAAAGACUGACCUGCAACUGAGCGAGGCGGAGCUGCAGCGCCGCAAUCCGCAGAUUUUCAAUCCCAGAACGGAUCUGCAGUGGUAUCCAGAUUCGAUUUCGCUUAGCGACGAUGGCAUGAUGUUUACGAUGCGCGGCGAUUGGAUCCAACAGAGUCCCGUCAAGGAUGUGUCCGUGACGAUGAAGAUGCUGAAGAGCGACGGCAAUUUUAUGGAGUUCUUUCGAUUGGCGCAGACAUGGAGCCUCAUCCAGUCGCCGCAGUUCCUCAAGCUGUACGGCCUAACGCUCGCCGAUCCGUACACGAUGGUCAUGGAGUAUUCGCGGUAUGGUCCGCUCAACAAGUUCCUGCACUCGACGCCCAAUGUAACGCUGCAUUGUCUACUGGACCUGAUGCACGGAUUGGUGCGCGGCAUGCACUAUUUGGAGGACAACAAGAUUAUCCACAACUACAUACGAUGCAGUAAUCUGUACGUGACCAAGUACGAUCCGAAUUCGUACGUGCUAGACGCGAAAAUCAGCGAUCCCGGCUAUCCGCGUCCCUUCCAAGAAUCCGAUUCGCCAUGGAUACCUGUUAAGUAUUAUCGCAAUUUGCAGGCGGCCAAAACGGAUCAGUUUGCCCAGCUGUGGGCCUUCGCUACCACCAUAUACGAGAUCUUCUCGCGCUGCAAGGAAGAUCUGAGCACACUGCGCCAGGAGCAGCUACUCAGGCAGAAAAAUCUCGAUGGCAACAUACUCAAGAUGCUCGAUCAGGACAUCUGUCCGGCGCCGAUAUUCGAGACAAUCAUGGAUGGCUGGUCCGAUGAUGAGACCAAGCGCUUCAGUCACCACGACAUUUUCUCGCGCCUCAACACGAUCAGGUCGGAAAUUCUGCCCAAUUAUAUGCCGCCACCCGAGAUCGCAACGAAUGGAACUGGAGACGAGGCCGUGUUCGAUAGAAGCGACCUAGCCUUCCUACCCUUUCCGCGUUCGAAUAUGUUGAUGGUCAUACCGCUGACCAGCGAAUGUCGAGUGAUCUACAACAUGGAGAACAUGAUCGGGCGCGGUCACUAUGGCACUGUCUACAAGGGUCAUCUGGAGUUCAACGACAAGGAUCAGCCGCGCGAGCAGGUGGCCAUCAAAAUGCUGAACACCAUGCAGGUGUCGACCGACUUUCAUCGCGAGAUCGGCAUCAUGCGCACCCUCAGUCAUCCGAACAUAGUCAAGUUCAAGUAUUGGGCAGAGAAGUCGCACUGCAUCAUCAUGGAGUACCUGCAAUCCGGUUCCUUCGACAUCUACCUGCGCUUCACGGCACCCAAUCUCAAUAAUCCACGCCUCGUCAGCUUCGCUUUAGACAUUGCAAAUGGCAUGAAAUACUUGUCCGACAUGGGACUGAUCCAUCGCGACCUGGCCGCCCGCAACAUUUUGGUGGACCACAACGGCGAUGGGGACUGCGUCAAAAUCUCAGACUUCGGCCUGGCGCAGUUUGCCAAUUCCGAUGGAUAUUACUAUGCGAAAAGCAAGCGGGAUAUUCCCAUUAGAUGGUACUCUCCGGAGGCCAUCUCCACCUGCAGAUUCUCAUCGUAUUCGGAUGUUUGGAGCUACGGCGUGACGCUCUUCGAAAUGUUCUCGCGCGGCGAGGAGCCCAACCUGGUGCCGAUCCAGACAUCGCAGGAGGAUUUCCUCAAUCGCCUUCAGAGCGGCGAACGCUUAAAUCGUCCGGCCAGUUGUCCCGAUUUCAUUUACGACCUGAUGCAGCUGUGCUGGCAUGCCACGCCCCGUUCGCGGCCCAGUUUCGCGACCAUCGUGGACAUCAUCACAAAGGAGGUGGCCACCAAGGUGACGCACCCGACGGAUGGACACCAGUCGCCGACGAAUCAGCCGGCGGAUGCCGAGUGACUGCUGACAACUGAAUGAAAUGAUAUACACACACGCUUAGGCAUAGGGUCUUUUAAGAUGUUAGCAUUUAAAAUGUACGUUUUUAAAACAACACAAGCCAGAUCCCAAAAACCACUUGACGAAAUCCUUGGCUUAAAGCGCUAUCGGAAGAAUCACAUUGACCCCAACCAACCAACCAUUCAUCCAUCAUCCACCAUACCAAAUCCGGAACACUCACGCCAUCGCAAGCCUGUUUGGAUUCUCGCCAGAUCUUAGUUUUAUUUGAUUGUGCUUACCACUGGCCACGCCCCCUACCUCCACUGUCAUUACGCCCCCAAUCUUGACUAAGCGAAAGUCCACACUUUAUAUGAUAU